AUGGUCGCGUCCUGCGCACUCGCCCUGCCCCUCUCCCAAACCACCCCCCUCGCCCACGCGAACCCGCCAUCAACCGCAUCGCCCUCUGAGCUGUCAAAAGAUCAAAUUCUGCACUGCCAAAACGCGUCUGUUGUCGCAAACCGCCGUCUCUCGACCACCUGGUCCUCGAGUCCACCUUUCCCCACCUCAGCAACAUCAACUGUGCCAUUCCUCCUGGACCCCGACCCCGUUGGAUUAUUUGAUGCUCAGGACGGAUUCCCCGCCGAAAUGUCCCAACGUGCUAAUGGGGAUGCCCCCACACCCUACCGUCGCUCAGCCCGUGUCAGUACCAGGGCAAGCUCAGUCGCUGAAGAAUCUGCUGUCACCACUGCUACCGCCGCCGCUUCAACAAGACGCAACAGAACUACUUUAACUCAGGUCAAAGCCCGUCGGUCCAAUGCUUACGGCGCAAGCGGCCGCGUUGGGAAUCCUGAUAAACUUACGACUGCCCCAAAUACCGGUUUCUCCCAGGCCUUCAAGACCCAGCUCGACAGGUCCGGUGUUCCAUCAUCAGAGCAAGAGGCAGAUGAUCUUGACAGCAUCGAUGAGCUUGGUAGUGAGUCGCAGUCACACUUCUCACCUCCACUCCCACGUAACAACGCUCUAAAUUCCAAAGCCGCCCCUGGCUACUCCUUUAUGGAAAGCGAUGAUCUAGCUCCCAGCGAGGAUGAUGUCGCAGCAUCUGUCGGCAACACCUCAAAGUCAUUUGGUCUUGCUCAUGAAGCCGGCAUGCUAACAUCCCGAGAUCCGUUUGCGGCUUACCCGAUACGUGAUGAGCCUAGAAGCUCACCCUUUGUCAAGCCUGUCUUGACAAGCCGCAAGCCCUCCACCCGUUCCGUAAAUGGAACAAGAUCAAACGGAUCAACCUCCGUUCAGGCUCCCCAGACAAGUUCGGUUCAAGAAAAGACGCCGACACCAACAAAAGAUGUCCUCAAGACACCUAUUCAAGGCCAAGCCCAAGCUAGAGCAAAUGCAGAGCAAACUACUGCCCGUGCCAACCCAAUUCCGGCUGAACAAUCAGUCAAUAAUUUAGUCGCAGAAGAGCAGGCCAGAUUGCAACGUGAGGGUCCACCACUACCUCAGUCACAGCGCCAGGCAGAUCGACGCCGUCCCCAUCGAAAGGACCCUGGCGAAGUCAAUGCAUGGAUCGGGCAUGUUGAAUCAUUCGAAGAGCAGGACGAGCCAAUAUGGCGUUGGAAAAAAUCUCUUACGUGGAUGUUCUGGAUCCUCUCAGGCUGUCUGUUCGUCGGUUGGGUCGCUUCCACCAUGAUGACUUCCAAUUCCACUGACUCAGCGCUGGGAACCCCUAGUUUGCUCAAAGCUGUGGGCUCUCGCGUCGUCUACACAUACGAAAGGGUUACCGAUGCUAUUAUGCCGGAAGCAUAUAAGAGAAAUGGGGACGACACCCUCCUGUGGGGCCGGAUUGGUAAUAUGGAGAAGCAAAAUGAGAAGCGCUUUCAAAGCAUGCGUGAUUCAAUCGAUGAGCUGAAGAAGGAACUUCCUGGAGUCAUGAUUGUUCGCCGACACCAAGAUGGGUCCACCGAGAUCACCGACGAAUUCUGGCGAGCCUUGACAGCCAAAGCACACUCUGAACCCGAAUGGACGAAAUUUCUUGAAGACACGAAAGCCAAGCUCGCUAUACUCUUCGACAACGGAGCCCAUAAAGAGCGCAGCCCCACCGAGAGUUGGCCUCAGGCUGCAUCACGUGAAGAAUUCAUCAAGCUGGUGGAGCAGCGGUACGAGAGCCUUACUGCUCAGGUGAACAAGAGAAUCGAGGAGGCCAUCCGAACCCAGAGCACCCAGCUUAAGACGAUGAUGCAAACAGAAGCCAAGAAAACUAUGCUGGAUCAGAUCCGUCUCAAUGCCCUUGCACAGGCCAAUCUUGUCGCCAAUUACGAACUACAUCUUACAAAACCUAAUUACUUUUCACCAGGUCUGGGUGCCACGAUUGAUCCAGACCUGUCUUCUGUCACUUUCAAUAAGAAAUCCGGUCGCAUUGCUGGACUUGCACGCCGCCUCUCGUGGGUUCCCGAUCGCAACCCUCCGAUUGCCGCACUCACCAAGUGGGAGGAACCUGGAGAUUGCUGGUGUUCGGCAAGUUCGGACCCUGCAUCACCUGGCCAGGCGCAGCUCGCCGUUCGAGUUCCUCGUCUCGUCAUUCCCAAACAAGUCACCGUCGAGCACGUGCCCAUGAGCAUGAUGCCUGCCCGCAAAAUCAACAACGCACCCCGAGACAUGGAGCUCUGGGUUCAGACGAACGGGCCAAUCAAGCCGUAUUACAGUCACCGCGAGGUAAGCUGCCGAAGCGCGCCGCCGGAAAGCGCAGGGGGUAAGUGGAAGUGCUUGGGUUCGUUCAAGUACAACAUUCACGCUUCCAACCACCUGCAGACGUUUGAUCUGUCGGGCGAGCCGUCGGAGCCCGUGUCCCGUGUUAUACUGCGUGUGACCAGCAACUGGGGUGCUAGCCAUACCUGCCUGUACCAGGUGAGACUACAUGGAACGGAUGCCGAAAACGAUUUCGAGUAUCCAGUCAAUCUAAUGGACUAAAGCCCCGCAUGUGUAUGCGUCUUUCUUGCUUUAAUUUGUUCUUAUUUUUGUGUUCUAAAUUGGAAGGAGGAGAACAACCCAAAAUGGAAAGCAGCGGAGCACCGUGACUGUUUUAUUGUUAAUUGGCGGGCAUUUUACGAUUUUUUUUUUCGCGGUUUUCAUCCACUUGUAUACCCCAGGAUAGUUCUAGAGCAUAACGAAUUUACGCUUCACUUGAUGACAAGUAGGUAAUAGAUGGGAC